GGCCAACGAAACUGCAUGAGUAAGUGUCAGAGGCACUCAGUACAGUUACUGACGGCCCGUACCGUGAACGAUCGCCGUCGUCGACCGUUGUCAUCGUGUCGUCGUCGAAUAGAGUCGCGGUUUUACCAUGCGCUGCUCUUGAUAAACGUAUGCGAGAGAGAGAGAGAGAGAGAGAGAGAGAGAAGAAGAAGAAGAGAGACGCGUACGAAAAGAAACGGGAGAAAGCAGAGGAUCGGUUCGGUUGAUGACCAGGUGUAUCUCGUCGACGUAGUGACAGUGUCCUCGAAUGUGUAUAUGGACGAGGUCGCCACGAUGACCGUUCCACCGACACUGCCGGCCAAGACUCAGCCCCCGAGUCAGGUUGCCCGACAGACUGUGUCAAUCCGGACUGUUUCCAAUCCCCCCACAGCUCCUCUGAGCACAGGGGCCGGAGCAACGGUAUUCGUCGGUCUGGCCGCUCCUGGCGUCGAUUCCUCGGCAGCCUGCAGAAGAAGAAUCCCGGAAGUGCAAGCCGCGAACGGGUACGGUAGGCAGAGUGGCGUGAAGUCGGCGCAGAGCUCUCAGACGCAGCACCACGCGCAACAGCAGCAACAGCAACACCAUUACAACAAUCAUUAUCAACAGCAGCAGCAGGCGGCCCAUGUGGUGAAAAUCAAGAUCAAUCCCGAUGGUGAGAAGAACGGAAGGGUGAUAUCGACCGUACGAUUGACGCUGGACGAGACGGUGGUCGGGCACGAAGCCGAGAAGGAGAACGGGAUCGCGUGCGAACGUUCGAGCAAGCGUGACGGUGGUGUGGUCGUGAGUGCGACGAAUCUGGUGAACGAGCAGCGUUGUGGAAGUGGCGGUGUCGGUGACGGCUGUGUGAGGAUCAGUGUCGGCUCGAACGCCUUUGAACGCAACAACAACAAUCACGAUAAUAGUAAUUUGCACGAUCGGAAGCACGACAACACCGAGAAAGAUAUGGUGCUUCACCGCGAAACGUCCGUCGAACCUGUGAACGCCUCCUCCUCGCCCAACAAUCGUUCGACCGCCUGCUUCUAUUACAACUCGUAUCCCGGCCAAUUGAACGGGAUGGUGAUGUCCAGCGGCCAAUGCUCCCCCAGCGACACGCUGGACAGCGGCACCUGCAGCGAUCUGGACGGAACGCCGCCGCCUCUUCCCAAGAAGAAGAACGCCAGUACGGUUAUCCUGGCCACCGAUCAGCACAAUCGUACCGGCAGUUUGACCAGCAGCGGAGCGGAAGUGGACAGCGACGACAACGAGAGCAACAUCAGCUGCGAUUCGUUGAACGGUGGCGAGUUGACCGAGAGAAUAGCGAACGGAGGCAUUAACGGGAACGAGGCUGGCAGGCCAUCCUUGGAAUUUCCAGAACGCUCGGAGAAUUGCCGCCUGAAGAACGGGGUGGAUCGUGAGAAGUACAGGGAAACGGGCACCAUCUUGGCGCUGAACCGGCUCGACCUGUCCACCGAUCACGAGGAGAAUCGAAGCCACGAAUCGAGCGCGGCCGCCUCGAGCCCGGAGAUCGACUCGAGUUCUUGCUCGACCAGAGCCUCCCCCAGCGUGUCCCCCUCGCCGUCUGGGACUUCCUCGUUGUCGAAAGCCUCCUCCACUCCGAGGAUCAGGAGUCCGGUCCUGGCCACCGAGCAGAACGGCAGGCUAUCGUCCCCGGUCGUGAAGGAGUGCACUUACGAGGAGAGGAAGCAGGAGCAGGAGAGGUUGGAGCAAGAGUCGGGCGACGUGGACACAGGCGUCAACCCUUUGACCGGGAAGAAAUACGUGUACGAGUACGACAGGUUCUACAAGUUUCACAUAAACGAACUGAAGGGGAACAAAGACAGUGGUAGUAGGGGUGUGGUGUUAGGCGAUAAGGACACCGACGAGUGUUUCGCCGGUUACAAGAUCCUCGAGAAGGAAGCCAUACGCAGUGCCAAGGGAACUGUGCGCGGUGUCAAAAACAGGGUUCGCGCUGGGAUCGCGACGUUCCUUCAGAAACCCUCUUCUCAGGCGUACAUAAAGAAGGAAUUGGGUAAAGUGGUAGUGUACACGACGACUUCUGGUAUCGUGAGGAAAACGUUUUACAAUUGCAAGAAGGUGAAGCAAAUCCUGAGGACGCACAUGGUCAAAUACGACGAGUUGGAUUUGUUUGGGGACGCUGAGCUGCAAACAGAGCUGAGAGAUCGCUUGGGCUCCACGGUGAUACAGUUGCCCCAGCUUUUCAUCGAUGGCCAACAUAUCGGGGGAUUCGACACCGUGGAACGACUCAACGAAUCUGGAGAGCUGAGAGAGAUGCUCAAGCCGUACCAGAGCGAGGACGCCUGCACAGUCUGCCUGUUCUGCGGAGGUUACCAGUGGCAGCUGUGUCCUGUUUGCAACGGAAGCAAGAGAUCCGUUCACCGCAACGACUUCACCGCGGAAUUCGUCGCCUUGAAAUGCGCGAAAUGCGACGUGAACGGUCUCAUUCGAUGUCCCCAUUGUUGAAGUAAAAAAAA